GAGUGAAAAUGGUUCUUGAGUUGAAUGAUCUGAUUGUUGGACUUAUUUUGACAACGAUCAUUCCUAUCCUCUACUGUGUAUACCAUGUCAGUCGCUCAAAAUCAAAAUCCCUGCCACCAGCUUAUAAAGGCUGGUUUCCGUGGUUGGGAUGUGCAUUUGAAUUCGGGAAAAAUCCUCUUGAUUUUAUAGCCCAAAAGAAGGAGCUUGGAAGAAUCUUCACUCUGUAUGUAGCAGGGGAGCGUCUGACUUUUAUUACUGAUGCAGAAGAUUUUCAAUAUUUCUUUCAAUCACCAUUUGUUGACUUUCAGAAGGCUGUUCAAGAUCCUGUGUUAAAUGUUGCAUCUGUAAGUAAAACAUCAUUUUUCAAGUACCACACAAAGAUUCAUGACAUGGUUAAAGGAAGACUUGCUUCAUCCAGAUUAAUUUACUUUUCUGACAAACUCUGUGAUGAAUUUAGGGACCAGUUAACACAGCUUGGAAAGCAAGGUAAAGGAGACCUGCAUCACCUGGUGAGGAGGUCUAUGUAUGCUGCAGUUAUUAAUAACUUGUUUGGUAAAAAUGUUUUACCAGUUAAUUGUGAGAAAGAAUUUGAGAAAAUAGAAGAAAUGUUUGUUAUGUUUGAUGAGCAGUUUGAAUAUGGUGCCAGACUUCCAUCUGUUUUUCUGAAAGAUUGGUCAUCAGCCAAGAAGUAUUUGAUAGAACUGUUCAGUAAAGUUGUUCAGAAGACAACAAAUAAGAAGUCAGAUGAUGAUGAGACAUUGCUACAAUCCCUGUUAAGCUUAGUACAGGACCAAUAUAAAGCAAACUAUAGUUUAUUGUUAUUAUGGGCAUCUCUGGCCAAUGCUAUACCAAUAACAUUUUGGACACUAGCAUUUAUUUUGCAUGAUGAAAAAGUACUACAAAAAUUGAGAACAGAAUUGACUAGUGUAUUUGGACAAAAUGGUCAGUGUCCAACUGUAACAGAAGACGGUCUGAAAAAAUUACAAUAUCUAAAAUGGUGUGUUUUAGAGUCCAUUAGACUUAGACCUACUGGUAUCAUCACAAGACGGGUUAUAAAAUCCUUUUCCAUAAGGGAUAUGAAGAUCCCAGAAGGAGACAUGUUAAUGUUAUCACCAUAUUGGGCACAUAGAAAUGAAAAAUAUUUCCCAGAUCCCUUGAUGUAUAAACCAGAAAGAUGGAAGGAAGCAGAUAUAGAUAAGAAUGUAUUUUUAGAUGGAUUUGUAGCAUUUGGUGGAGGCAGAUAUCAAUGUCCAGGGAGGUGGUAUGCUAUUUUAGAAAUCCAGAUGUAUGUUGCUAUGUUUAUACAGAUGUUUGAUUGUAAACUCCUCAUUAAUUCCGUUCCAGAACCUAGCAAGAAACAUUUAGUAGGAACACAACAACCAGCAGAACCCUGUCCUGUGGAAUAUAGAUUAAGAAAAUAGGAGCUAUAUUAGAUUAAAAUGAAUUACUCAGGGAAAAAUUAUCAAUUGACACUUAUUUAACUAUAUGGAGUUAUUUGUAAUUAUUAGUAGUGAAAUUAUUAUAGUGAAAUAGGUAUUUUUUAUUAUAAUUUUUAUGAAUAAUGCAAUGGAUGAGAACAAUGAAAAUACUCAAUUUUUUUUAGGGAUUCAUCUAUAGUUUCAUCUUUAUUCAAAGUGAUAGAGGUAUUAUAAUAUUCCACACAUCCAAGUUGCAGAGGGUAUAAUGUUUUUGUACUGUCCUUUAGUCUGUCAGUCAUUCAUUCCAUCAUCAAUUUGUUAUUGCUAGUGAAUUAUUUUUGUUGAAAUUAUUCUAAUUUAAAUGAAGGGUUCAUUCUGAUAUCAAAACCACAAAUAUGUGUGAUAAUCAGAAUAAUUUAAAAUUUGUAACUAUUUUUUUCAUGAAGGGAACUUGUAAAACUAAUGUAUCCCAUAUUAAUUCUUGUCUUUGGGAUAUG